AAACGGCUGCGAGAAUCGCCGCCGCGCGCGCUGCAGGCGUAAGCGGCGGGACUUUGCCCCCGCCCCGCCGCCGCCGAGCUCAGCGCUGCCGUGCCGCCGCCAUGGCCGCCCCGGGGCCGGCGCGGCUCUUCCGGGCCGCCGCCGCUUCCUCCCGCCGCUGGCUCCUCUCCUCCACCUCGCCGGCAGCCGGGCCGAGGCCGGGCUGCAGCGGCGCUGCCGCUGCCGGGCGGGCAGCGCGGCCGUUCAGCCUGUCUGCCCGGGCGGUGCUCAGUUCAGAAGAUAAAAUAACUGUUCAUUUCAUAAACCGUGAUGGUGACAAACUAACAGCCAAGGGAAAACCUGGGGAUUCACUGCUGGAUGUUGUUGUUGACAAUAAUCUAGACAUAGAUGGUUUUGGUGCAUGUGAAGGAACGCUAGCCUGUUCAACUUGUCAUUUAAUAUUUGAAGACCACAUAUUUGAGAAACUAGAUGCAAUUACUGAUGAAGAGAUGGACAUGCUGGACCUGGCUUAUGGCCUCACAGAAACAUCACGUUUAGGCUGCCAAAUCUGCUUGAAGAAAUCAAUGAAUGAUAUGACUGUUCGAGUACCAGAAGCUGUGGCUGAUGUUAGACAAUCAGUAGAUAUGAGUAAAAACUCCUAAAAGAAAAUAUCCUAGGGGUUUUAAAGAAGCUUAAUUAUUUUUAUAACUUAUUUUUAAAUGUGUAAUUAAAUAUGGAAACUUACAUAAUUGUGAGUUAUUUUAUAUGACUAUCAAUAUUAGAUUAAUGCUAUUUUAAUUUUCUUUAUAGAACCUCUUAUAUUUUUACGCUUAAAAUGCAAUAAUACUUCUUAUAAGUAAUCAUUGGAUUAUCAACAUGAGCAAGUGUAUUACAGAUUUCAUAUAACAUUAUUCUGCCAAGACAUUUAAAAACUGGAUCACCUGUACAGGGCUUCUCCUAAAACAAACUCUGAGUACUUCUCGGUGUCAGAGCUGAAUUUGUAAGAGAAACGAACUUGUAGGACUGCAUGGGGUCUUUUUGAAGUGUUGCCAUUAAAGAUGGUGUGCUCAGAGCUGGUUAAAAUUCUCAGUAAAUAUGAUACUUCCUCAGCAAAUAGAUUUUCAGGAUAGGAAUUUUCCAGACUUUGGAAUCUUAAUGAGAUGUGGCAAAUGUUGUGUUGUGAAAAUACUGCUAAACCCAUGAGUUCUAGGAGCUGUGUUACGGUUUAACCCAGCAGGCAGCUAAAUGCCACACAGCCAUUCACUUGCACCCCACCACUGCCCACCCCCCUUCCAAAUGGGAUGCUGGGGGGGGAAAGUAACAUUGAUAUGUUGAGAUAAAGACAGUUUAAUAGGACAGAAACAGAAAGGAAAACAACAGUAAUGAUGACAAAUUAAAUACAUAAAACUAGUGAGGCACAACACGAUUGCCCACCACCUGAUGGCUGAUGCCCAGCCAGUUUCUGGGCAGUGACCCCAGGCCAGCUUUUGCCCCAGCUGAUCUUUUGAGCAUGACACCAUACGGUGUGGGACCUCCCAUUGGUCACUGGGGGUCAGCAGUCCUGGCUUUGUGCACCCCCACAAGGUGAGGUGAGAAUCUGAAAAGGCCUUGACUGCGUUGUUGCUAAGCCGUGUUUACAUUAAAACACCAGUGUGUUAUCAACAUUAUUCUGAUUCUAAAUCCAAAACAGCACUGUACCAGCUACUGGGAAUAAAAUCAGCUCUCUCCCAGGUGAAACCAGGACAGGCUGAUGCAGGAUGUUGGCACCUGCAGCUUAACCCUGGCCCAAAUAAGAUGUCAGUAAACCUCAAUAAUAUUUACAUUUGACUACACCACAAAUACUGUGGUAGACCAGGUUUAGAAGAAUGAAUCCUUGGAGCUGUGUAAUGGGAGAACAUACACAAUUUACCCAUCACAAACUCUUAUCUCUGAAUAUGGCUGAGUUGGGAUUGAACAGGGCAAUGUUUGUCAACAUCAGAUUUGUUCUGAAAUCUUUAUUCCUUUUUAGUUUUGAGCUUGUGCAGGAAACAGUCUGACAUUAGCUAGGGUGUUCAGCUUGAAGAAAUUGGUUGAUUCUGGGCCUUGCUCACAGGAUCAUUUCAGUAAUGGUUGAUGCAAAAUUACCAAGUUUAUUUCAAAAAAAUGGUCUAGGUUCCCUGGAAGGUACAGGGACACCCCUGUGGUAAGAUGUCUGCACUGAUGAUGAAGAGCUUCCAGCUGAAUAUUGGUUUAGUCUUUCUAAAGUAACCCAAAUAAAAGAAUGUUUCUAAGACUACUAUUAUCUCCAACUUUACAGAAAUACUUAUGUGAACUGGUUAUCACCAGUACUUAUUAACUUUUGAUUUUUUGGGCAUUUAUAUAAACCAUGUUUUUUGCAUUUGGAUGAUCUAGUGUGUUCAUUAAUGGUUUGAACUGAUAACAAUGCCAUCUGGACAUCUUUUCUUGUAUUGUUGUAUGUGUGGAGAAGAGAAGUUAUUUUUCCAGUGUCAAAUAUUUGCAUUAUUUUGAGCUUCAUAAAGAGGAAAAAAAAGUUCCUCUUUGUUAUAAGAAUGAAUAUUUUCUAGAACUGUAUUGGAAAUAGAUAUGGAUUAGAUUAUUUUAUUCCCUCUCUUAGUUACCUCAUUUCCUUCUGUUACCUUCCAACUUUGUCCUAAUGCAAGGUAUACUAAUUGUAGUCUGCUCAAAACUUAAUCAUGUAGGGGUUUCAGAAUACAAUCUGAUGUAAUCUGAUUCAAACUAAAACUUCAGAAUUAAAAUUUCCAGGCUUUUAUGAAGGGCAGAGAGAGGAAGGGUGGGCAUAAAUUGAAGAAAUGUUCUGAAGAUGCUGCUGUCUUCUUUUUCUGCUGCUGUGACACUAACUGUGACUGAGAGGUUGCCCUCACACAGUCAGACAUUAAGGUAAAUCUUACCUUGUAUUGCCUUUGUCCUGAGCUCAUUUAUGUAGUUUUUACUAUUAAAUCUUGAGGUUUUGGGGUUUUUUUUACAUGAGACAGCUCAUCAGCUUCCAGGAGAGGGAACUUGGGUCAUGACCGGAUGUGUUGUGCACUUGUACAUCAGAAAGAAACAUGAGGUUUCAGUAUACCUGUGAGGUUUAGGGGUAGGUGUUGAUAUUUACUGAGUUUUGGGCUCUUCUUGGUUUUUUGUUUUAGGCUUAUGGGGGUGGGUUUUUCCCCUUUUGGGUUAUUUGGUUUGGGCUUUUUUUUUUUUUUUUUUUUUUUUUUAAUACAGCACCAGGUACUUCUUGUGGGAAUCUUGAAGUGCUUUACACUGUGUUAAACAAAUGUGGAACAGCUCCCAAGUGAGUUUUCUUUCCAAGCCAAGGUGGUUUUGUUGUGUGUUUCGUGUGACAGCUUCUCCUUACAAAGACUUUGACUCUCCUACAGUGUGCCUGUGGAAUGAAUUACUCAUCACAGCAAGGCAAAAAAGGACACUUCGAAGUUCAUUUUGAAUUCUAGAGGUAUCCCAUAGUGCAUGCAAAUGGAAAUCUCAGAACACAAAGGAACUGACUUGUAGUCCCCAAAAUGCACAGCUCAGAGAUACUAGUUUAUUGUCAAAAUUAUUUGCAAAUAAAUCUUAUUUUUAACUUCUUUCUGA